AUGGCGCUCCCUCAGAGGACAUUGAAUUGGCUGUAUAGUGUCUUGUCCAAGGAUCACUAUGAUCCACAACAGACCUACCGUGACCCGAAUCGGACCUACCAUGAUGUUGUCAAUGCGCUCUCGCAGUACCCCUCGCUCUCCCCUCGAACAGAUGUCUAUACCUAUGAGACAGGGUUCUCGGCCCUCCUCCUUCACCUUGUGGGCACAUUGCCUGUCACCUUCCGAGGAACGACGUACCGAUUUCCCAUUGCGCUUUGGAUUCCAAAUACAUACCCACGCGAUCCUCCAAUUGCCUACGUGACUCCAACACAGGAAAUGACUGUCCGAGUUGGGCAACAUGUGACGCUGGAGGGACAGGUGUAUCAUCAUUAUCUAGCACACUGGGCGGAAGCGUGGGAGAGAUCCACCAUCGCCGAUUUUCUAUCUAUUCUUCAGGAUAUAUUUGCGAAGGAACCGCCUGUCCGAUAUAGACAAGUGCCACAACCUCAGCCGGAAGCCCAAACACCUCCGCCAUUACCACCCCUUCCACCCGGCGUCGGAUCUUCAAGACAAGCCAAAUCUCCGUCUCCGUCUAUAAGCCAGAACCAGAUUCCACCCCCGCCCCCACCGAAGCCAGGCGCUGUCGAACAUCGGCAGCAACAACAACGGCACCCAGCUAAUCAAUAUCGAUCUCCCCCACCGCUACCUCCACUCCCACCAAAAGACCAAGGCUCUCGUCAAGCAUCUUUAUCCACGCAAUUGGCCAGUCCUGGGGUUCACUCCUACCAGCAUAACGCACCUCCAACCCAAACUGGAGGACCGAUGAGCAACCCUCGUCCCCUGUCCCAACCACCAACCCAUCAACCAGCGGGGCAGCCCAUGCCGCCCCAGUCGCAGGGUCAAGCGCCAUAUUAUAGAAACAGCGGAGUUCCGAUUCAUCAUGGGCCUGGGUCUAGUAUAUCAAACCAAGUCCCUCCACAAGCUAACCCAGCGGGGGCCCACUUGCCUCUACAGCCGCAACUCCCCUAUCAACCACAUCAGCAACCGUCUGGUCCCCCGUAUCCUCAGCAUUCCCCAUACCCAUCCAAUUACCCCCGCCCACCCCCAGCAGCUCCAACAAAGGCCGACACACCCGAUCUUCUAACCUCGCCAUUUGAAGUCGAGCUACCCUCAAUUACGCCUGCGGGACCAGCGCCUCCCAUCCCGCCAAACCCAGAGAAAGAUGCACUUCUUCAUGCCGUGUCCCGAACCCUGGCGGAAACUCUCCGCGCUAAUGCUGCACAGUCCGAUACGGCAGCGCAGUCCCUCGUUUCACAGUCACGGUCCCUACAUGCUGCUAUGGCCACGCUACAGGGGGAGGUCUCGGCCCUCAAUAAUCUCCACGCGACUCUACAGUCCAACACUACUGUCCUGCAACAAUCCAUCCAUCGCGCCGACGCCACUAUCGCAGAUGCACAGGCGCGCUCUACAUCCAUCUCCACUUCUAGCUCUCAUGGAGACACGUCCGGUCUGCCCCCAAUCGAUGAUGUCCUGGUCGCCCCCACCGUGGUAGGGAAACAGCUAUAUGAUUUGGUCGCUGAGGAACAAGGCAUACAGCAAGCUCUUUAUGCGUUGCAGGCUGCGCUGGUCCGCGGUGUUAUUGGCGUCGAUUCCUGGUCGCGACAUACACGAAGUCUUGCACGUGAAGCUCUUCUCAAGCGGGCAUUGAUUCGAAAAAUCGGACGUGGAAUGGGGUUAGAUGAGAACGUCGCCUGA